GUUUCCACAAAGCUCAUGCGCGUGGUCGAUCAGUGGAUGCGUCAGCGUGAUCUGCAGCAAGCGCUGCUUAGGGGUGCAUCCAUCAACGACACGGCCUUUGCCACUUUGGUGCAGGCCCUGAACGAUUGCCCGUCCCUGCAGACGCUAGACCUGUCGCAGAAUUUGCUGACCAUGGACUCCUGCUCAGACUUGUGUCAACUCAUCACUACAGCUCCAAGUCUCUCUUUCAUCUCCCUGGCAGAGAACUUGUUCUCACUGCGAUCUGUGGGAUAUUUCAUGACUGCUGUCAUGGAGCGGCAAAACACAAAAAAGUUGAUGCCCCUGGAUCUCCUAGACCUGCAGGGCAAUGAGGGCCUGGUGGCAGCAGCCGCAGCGCCGGUGCCGGAAGCACUGCUCACCCAGGUGCAGCAGGCGAUGACCCGCACGGGUCGGCUACCUCCCGGAGGGUCUGAGCUUGUGGCACAGGUGAUGCGGGCUUUGUGGCGCUUCCUGCAUGACACCGCGCACCCUCAGGUCAAGGAUGCCGGAGCGGAUGAGGUUGCAUUUUACGUCAUGGACAAGGUGACCCUCCGCAAGAUGGAGAACGCACUGAUGAAGAUCCUGCUGCUGGGUGCCGACUCAGCCAUUGAUGCAGGAUCUGUGCAGUACCGCCCAGUCACUGCUAACUUAGCUUUUGCGUCGACGCUGGAGGCAGUUGCUGAGGAGCCUCGAUCUCCGCAAGCCAUGUCUCCUCCCGCGCAUUCCUCGUCGGAAAGGCAGCAGAGUGGCGGCUAUGCUUCUUCUCCGCCGCAGUCAACGCAGAAACCGUCCAAGAUUAGUUCACAGGAGGUGAAGUCUCGCAGCAUGCCGGACCCAUUCUCCGAUCUGAAGACGGCUUUCGAGCCGCAGAGGGAAAAGUUGAAGACCUUCAACCUCAAGCAGAUCGUGACUAGGAAUGGCACGGUGCUCAUGAACAUGCUGGAGCGCUUACUUGAGACGACAGAGAUUGACGCCAGAGAUGUGUUGACAGAGCAGACCUUGCUCGAGUAUGCCUGUCAUACUGGAAACAUGGGCUUAGCAAAGCUCUGCUAUCGCCGCGGAGCUAACUUGUCCGCUAAGACCAAUAAGGGGGAGACGGCCUUCAACAUCGUGACAAAGAACAAACGUUACGAUCUCAUGGAGUUCCUGCACACCUACGGUGUCAAGGUCAACUCCGCAGAUGCACAGGGAAGGACUGCUUUGCAUGUGGCGGCCGCCAACGACGAUGUCGAUGGCGUCUGUCGCCUUCUGGAAUGGGGUGCGGAUGUCAACAUCAAGGAUAUCAAGAAGAAGACGCCGAUUCACGUAGCGGCUGCCGGCGGCAACAUGAAAACCACGAUGCUGCUUUUGGAGGUGGGCGCCGACAUGAAUGCAAAGGACGACCGCGAGUACACUGCUGUGGCUCACGCAGAGGCAAACAACCAUUUCGUCCUAAUGGACAGGUUGGUCCAGCUUGGCGGUAAAGGUCACGGCUUACAUCAGAAGAAGGAGGAGGAUAUGACUCGGUCGAAAUCCGCAAAGAUGAUCGGCGAGCUGGUAGUGUCGGCCGGGCUCCUCAAAAGCUCAUCGCUGGGCAGGAUCGGCAAGGUCGCUGUCAAAGGUAUGUCCGGACCCUUGCAGCCGACCCCGCUUGGGGGGCCCAAGUAG